GGACUAUAAUCCAAAAAGAGAAAGAAUAGCUGCGUCUUGCGCUAUAAGCUAAAACAGCUUUGUUGGAUCCUCACUCUCUCGACGACGGCGAUGAAAGUAGCGGAGAAGAUUGUCAUCCUCUGGAAUGAAUCCGACGGAUUCGCGGCGACCAUCGCCGAUGCUCUGAGCACUAAUCCAACCUCCUCUCUUCGUAAACUAGAAGAGCAGAUCCACCUUCCGUUGGCUAAUUACGGAAUCGAAGACGGCGGAAGCGGCGGGAGUGUCGUUCACUUCGUCGAUGAAGAUGGAGCUUAUCAGGUCUCUGUUUUUCUUCUGCGAAGCUAUGAGCCUCCUGCGCUAGUAUGUGCAAUGAACGAACUGCUUGACUUAAUUACAAGGGAAUCAUCGGCUCUACCCACGAUUGUGGCUCCUUUCUUUGUGGCGGCAUCUAAGCUCAAGUUCAAUAACAAAUCCCUUGAAGCAAGCAGCAGAAAAGCUAGUCUUCGUUACGUUCAAGUUGGUCCAGAAACAGAAGCCACCAGGCUGUUUGCUACUCGCGUCGAGAAACCACCACCGUUGAUGCAGAUCCUUCAUGAGCCUUUGUCAUGCUUGCUUCAUCUAGCUCGUGUCAAAUGCUUGCCUACCUCCAUCCUCAUAGGGCAGAGAAGUAGUAGCACAUCUCAUAAAGCACUAAACGAAGGGCUUCAGGUGAUCCAUGAAACAGGGGAGCUUGUGGCUAGUUGGACCGGACUGUGUUUUGCAAGAGACAGAAUCAAGUGGAGCGCAUCAAAGACGUCAAAAGAAGAGGAAAGUCCAUGGAGAGCUCUUUACGGUUAAUCUUUCUCAUAUCAGGUCUUUUUUUCAUGGCCCAACACUACUGCUACAGUAUGGGCUUGGGCCUUUGCACUUAAUUUACCCUAUUGUUGUAGCUCUUUGUUAAAACACUUUUGCUCAGCUGAAUCAAAAACCAUGUUACUAUGCUUUCCUCUUGGGAUUUCUAUAAGAAACGAAGAGUUUUUUUUUC